AUGGUGCUGGUUUUUAAUGCGAAAACAGCAGAGCUCUUGAGUCACCAUCAAGUGGAGAUACAGCAAAUAUUCCCUAAAGAAGGAUGGGUGGAACAAGAUCCAAAGGAAAUAUUAAAUUCUGUCCAUGAGUGUGUGGAAAGGACCUGUGAGAAACUGCAACAACUGAACAUAGACAUCACUAACAUAAAAGCCAUUGGAGUCAGCAAUCAGAGAGAAACAACAGUGGUUUGGGACAAGACAACUGGAGAACCUCUUUAUAAUGCUAUUGUGUGGCUUGAUCUGAGAACCCAGUCAACAGUUGAACGGCUUCUUGAAAAAAUUCCAGGACAAAACAAAGCCAUUUUUAAGCUAAAGACUGGUCUUCCACUUAGCACUUAUUUUAGUGCAGUGAAACUUCGAUGGCUUUUGGAUAAUGUGGAAGAGAUUAGGAAAGCAGUUCAUGAUGGAAGAGCUAUGUUUGGAACUAUUGAUUCAUGGCUUAUAUGGAGUUUGACAGGUGGAAAGAAUGGAGGUGUUCACUGUACAGAUGUAACAAAUGCCAGUAGAACAAUGUUGUUCAAUAUUAAUUCCUUGGAAUGGGAUCCUGAGCUCUGCCAGUUCUUUGAUAUUCCUAUGGAAAUACUUCCAAAAGUACGAAGCUCCUCAGAGAUUUAUGGCCUCGUGAAAAUCUGUCCUAGCCUGAAAUCUGGAGCUUUGACAGGUGUACCAAUUUCUGGGUGCUUGGGUGACCAGUCUGCUGCUCUUGUUGGGCAAAUGUGUUUCCAAGACGGACAGGCAAAAAAUACGUAUGGAACAGGAUGUUUCUUGCUGUUCAAUACAGGUCCGAAGGCUGUGUUUUCUGAGCAUGGUCUUCUAACCACAAUAGCUUACAAACUGGGCAAAGGCAAACCUGUAUGUUAUGCUUUAGAGGGAUCUGUUGCAAUAGCUGGUGCUGUUGUUCGUUGGCUGAGGGACAAUCUAGGUAUUCUUGACUCUUCACCGGAAAUUGAAAAACUGGCCGCGGAAGCAGGAUCUUCUCAUGGCUGCUACUUUGUGCCAGCAUUUUCAGGACUAUAUGCACCAUACUGGGAACCCAGUGCAAGGGGUAUUAUCUGUGGCCUUACUCAGUUUACAAAUAAAAACCACAUCGCCUUUGCUGCAUUAGAAGCGGUCUGCUUUCAAACACGAGAGAUUUUAGAUGCCAUAAACAAGGACUCUGGGAUACCACUAAGUCAGUUACAAGUAGACGGAGGAAUGACCAAUAACAAACUCCUCAUGCAACUCCAAUCAGACAUUCUCUGUAUUCCAGUAGUAAAACCAUCAAUGCCUGAAACAACAGCUCUAGGAGCUGCUAUGGCAGCAGGAGCUGCAGAAGGAGUUGAAAUUUGGAGUUUGAAUCCUGGAGAUUUGACAGCAGUGACAUGUGAACGAUUUGAGCCACAGAUCAACCCAAAGGAAAGCGAAUUUCGCUAUGCCAGAUGGAAGAAAGCUGUGGUAAAAUCUAUGGGCUGGGAAACAUCCGAAGCUCCUUCAAAUGGUAAAUCAGAAAUUAUUGCAGAUCAA